ACAUCCGUCCGGUGAUAAACGCCUAGCAGUGAACAAGACGUUCGACAUUCGACAUUUGUCAAAGGAAGUCACAAUUUAGGAAUACCAGACUUCAUACUAUUUGUUAAAAGCUUAAAUUGAUAUCGUCAGUAGUGUCUUCGAAGAAAAACAGACACCAUAUUUCAUCAAGAAAGAACAAACAGCGGGCAGUCGUCAAAUUAUAGUCAGACAGCUUGCGGAAGUGGAUUACAAGAGGCCCAAAUAGUCAUAUAAAAUCUCUUCAAAAUGAGUGAAGUGUCUAUGGUUAAGUCAAGAGCAUCUGUGAUGUUGUAUAAUAAUGACAAGAAAGUAUGGGAACAAGCUGAAAAUGCUCGAAGCAUGUCCUAUGUCCAAGUGUAUCAUCAUGAGGGUAAUAACACAUAUAGAAUUGUUGGACGCAGUUCAUCAGAUCAAGCGGUUCUAAUAAAUUGCUCCAUAAUUCGUAACAUGAAGUAUAAUGUAGCAACAUCAACAUUUCACCAAUGGCGUGACCAAGGGCAGGUUUAUGGCUUAAACUUUCAAAGCAAAGAUGAUGCAAGUCAGUUCAAAGAAGCCAUAGAUGAGGCGUUAAGUGCUGUAAAUUCAGCGCCACCACAGCGAUCUCAUACUCAACAGUAUAUCCCUCAGAGUACCCCAAAGAACUGGCAAAGUCGUAAUCACUCAUUACAGAACGAAACAAAAGUCGAUGAAUCACCGAAAGAACCUGAGAAGCCAAAAACUGUCAGCACUUCCAUAUCGAUUGCUCCGUCAACUCCUGCUGCUGCACCAGUUGCACCAACACCUCCUGUUGCGCCAACACCUCCUGUUGCGCCAACACCUUCUGUUGUACCAACGCAACCAGUUAAUUCUUCACCACCAGUUGUUCCCACUCCACCAGCUGCUCCUGCAGCACCAGCUGCUCCACCCAGCCCGCCACAACCUCCUUCUGGACGAUCUAUACCAGCAGCUCCCCCAGCUCCUACCUUAGGUGGGGGAGGUGUUCCUGCUCCUCCGCCUCCACCUCCUCCUCCAUCUUCAGGUGGGGGAGGUGUCUCUCUUAAACAACAAAUUGAAGAGUCCAAAUUGAAAAAAGCCCAGGAACAGCCAAAGGUUGAACCUAAGGCAAGUGGACCGUUUGGUGGUGAUAUGAUGGCCGAAAUGCAGCGUAAAUUGGCAGCGAGGAAAGCAAAAGGAGGAGAUGAUUCCGGACCCACGAGAAAUCAUGUGCCAAAUGUCGAUUCAAGGCCUGAAAAAAUAUCUUCAGUCUCGAAACCAUUGAACUCCAAUAAGUUACCAUCUAAUCUAUCUAAUCUAAGUAAGACUUCAUCCAUUAGACAGGACAGUAAAACGAACGCUGUUAGCUCACUUCAAUUGCAAGAAUUAAAGAUGGAAAUCCUUGCAGAAUUUAGAAAAGAUUUAGAAGCGGUUAAAAACGAAAUCAUUCAAGAAAUUCGUCAAGAAAUAUCGCGAACAAGAUAGAUGAAGUUUUGUAGAAUAUUUCAAUCGUAUUUCAAUUUUAUCCAAAUCGUUAAAGAUGAAUGUGAUCUAACUUUUCGUGGCCUUGAAAGAUUUUAGUUGAACUUCCUAUAAAGAAAUAAUGAAUUUGCCGCGUUAGGAGAAUAUUUCCCUGCUGCAACCAGCUUAAUUGAGAUGAGGAGACGAACACAUAUUGAUGUACACGAUUCAGUGAAAAAUGUAUAGUUUUGAAUCAAAUGUGAUCAUUUGUACUUGACGUAGUCUUUAGUAUAUGUUACACUGCAUAUGAAGUAUUGACCACCUUAACAUUAAUGAUCGAUAGUGAGAGAGAUUUUUAUUUUACCUGGGUAUAUAGGCCCUGGCAUUUAGUCUUGGUGGUAUUACAAAUUUAAGUGAAAUCUGUUACUAAAAAUUUCAUUAUUAGCUAUCUUUCUUUAUAAUUAUUUUACUACUAUUACAUACUAUCAUACAAUUUAUAAAAAAUAAUAAAAUACUUAUCAUUUGUCCAA